AUGAGUAAGCCAACACCUUUCGAGCCAAUUGCUGUUGUCGGCCUGUCAUUCCGUUUGCCUGGCGGCGCUAAGGACCUUGACGGCCUUUGGAAGCUUUUGGAGAGCGGCGAGUCGGCGUGGACGCCGGUGCCUGAAGAUCGGUACAAUGGAGAGGCCUUCUACCAUCCAAGUGCGGAUGAUCCCAAUGGUACAAGCAACCACCCAGGAGGGCAUUUCAUCUCGGAUGACAUUCGCGACUUUGACCACACGUUCUUCCACUUCUCCAAGCCCCAGGCAGCCGCAAUAGACCCUCAACAGCGGCUUUUGAUGGAGCUUGCUUACGAGGCACUCGAGAGCGGCGGCAUCUCGCGUGAAAGCGUGGCGGGAUCCGCUACCUCCGUCUACACUGCCCUUUUCCCAACGGACUACGACCGGCAGCUCUACAAAGACACACUAGACCUCCCCGCCUACUACGCGACCGGAGUGGAAAAGGCACUCCUUUCUAACCGGCUUUCACAUGUGCUGGACUUAAGGGGCCCGUCCAUGACGCUGGACACUGCAUGCUCCGGAGGACUUGUCGCCUUGCACCUAGCGUGCCAAAGUCUGCAAGCUGGUGAAUCUGACAUGGCGCUGGUGUCGGCCUCAAACCUGAUACUGGGUCCAGAUCACUUUAUCGGCCUAAGCAACCUGCAUAUGCUCAGCAGCACCGGACGUUGCUAUCCAUUCGAUGACCGCGGAGACGGCUAUGGCCGAGGGGAAGGUGUAGUCGUACUGGUCCUGAAACGCUUGGAUGCGGCCAUUCGGGACCGCAACCCGAUUCGCACGAUUAUUCGGGGGACAGCGGUCAAUCAAGAUGGCUACACCCCGCAGAGCAUCACGUAUCCCAAUGGCCAGGCGCAGGCAGAUCUGGCUCGACAAGCUUAUGCUCGUGCUGAAUUAUGUCCAGGAGAUAUUGCUUAUAUCGAAGCACACGGAACUGGAACCCAGGCGGGUGACAAGGAGGAGUUGGAGAGCAUCGCAGAAGUGUUCGCCAGUGCCCCAAUCAGGUCGAUGCCGCUAUUUGUGGGCUCAACCAAAGGAGCUAUCGGACAUACCGAAAGUGCGGCCGGGUUGGCCAGCUUGCUCAAAGCGGCGGUGAUGCUCGAUCGAGAAUUGAUCCCUCCCGUCGCCGGUUUUACCAAUCCCAAGCCAGGCUUGCCGCUGGAUCGAAUAGAAGUACCGACGGCCGUAAUCCCCUGGCCCCACGUGACAGGAAUCACGCCUCGUAUAUCUAUCAACAGCUUUGGUUUUGGCGGGGCCAAUGCACACGCCAUUCUAGAGCGCGGACAACGAGCCAUUCGGGAGGACGACGCGACCAACUGCACGGCAACAUCGCGCCUGUUCACCCUCUCAGCCAAUAGCACGACAUCGUUGAGGAACAUGAUUACGGCACACUAUGAUUGGAUCAGACAGCACGCGGAAAGGACACCGUUGGCCGACAUCUCUUACACGCUCUUGCAUCGCCGUUCUGCCCUGCCGUAUAGAUUCAGCGUCGUAGCCGAGGAUCACGCCUCACUGAUGGAAGCUCUAGGACAGAGUAUUUCCCUGUCGGCGAUCAAGCCAUUGCCCGCAGAGCUGGAUUUGAUCGCAGUGUUUACCGGACAAGGCGCCCAGUGGGCCGGUAUGGGCCGUGAACUGCUGCUAGAGACGACCCCAUCAUCGAUAUACCGGGAUUCGAUUCGGGCGUCACGCGAUAUUCUGCGUGAGCUGGGUGCUCCCUGGGACUUGGAAGCAGAAGUUCUGCGAGACACGACAGAGUCCCGUCUCGGCGAGGCCGAGCUGGCACAGCCGGCAACGACGGCGCUCCAGAUCGCCCUCGUGGCGUUGCUUCGAGCACAAGGCAUCCGACCGCAUGCAGUUGUAGGCCACUCAAGCGGCGAAAUUGCUGCCGCUUAUACCGCUGGUUACAUAUCGCAUGAGACGGCCAUCAGAGUUGCAUACCAACGUGGCUUCAUGGCGGCCGCCGUAAAGGCACAAGGUCUCGGCCGGGGUGCCAUGUUGUCGGUCGGAUUGGGCGAGCACGAUGCCUCUGGGUACCUGGAUGACUUAACAACGGGGACGGCUAUUGUCGCCUGUGUUAACAGCCCUCGAAGCGUGACUAUUUCGGGCGAUGCCAGUGCCGUGGACGAAGUGGAGCGACGCAUUGUUGCCCAAGGUGACGGCACAUUCCACCGGAAGCUGCUUGUCGACACUGCCUAUCAUUCGCAUCACAUGCACGCCGUCGCCGAUAGGUACCGGGCACUUUUGGGCCAACUACCGACUGAAAACACUGCUUUCUCUCGGGAUGGGGAAGAGGUCGCGGUGUAUUCGUCCGUCACCGGCCAGCGGAAAUCAUCGGGGUUUGAUGAAGAGUACUGGACGGCUAAUUUAGUGUCCCCAGUGCGCUUCACAGACGCCGUUCAAGCCCUAGCAAAGGCUCGUCAUCGGCCUGGGCAACAUGCUGUUUUCGUGGAGAUUGGGCCGCACCCAACGCUGGCGGGGCCUGUACGCCAGAGUGUCCAGGCGUCGCUGGGGUUCACGUUGCCCUUGGAUUACUAUGGGACCCUCCAGCGCAAAGUGGAAGCUACGGCCAGUGUCCUGGCCCUGGUGGGCAAGCUCUUUGAGCGCGGAGCCGGCAUUUCGUGGGAUGCGGUGUCGGCGCUGGCUCCUGGAGCCGAUACCGCGGCGGUACGACACGAUUUACCUGCCUACCCCUGGGACCAUUCGACGAAGCAUUGGUACGAGUCCCGCGUUGCAAGCGCCUACCGUCAGCGCAGGGAACCGUAUCAUGAUUUGCUCGGCGUGCGCUUGCCACACGCCACCGACAUUGAGCCCCGCUGGCGGCACUUCCUGAGCAGGGCGACCCUACCAUGGUUAGAGGACCAUGUCGUAGACGGUCUGACCAUCUUUCCAGGUGCCGGUUACGUUUGCAUGGCCAUCGAAGCAGUUGCCCAACUAAUCCGUCAGGAGGUUCCCCAGAAGUCGCUUGAGGUGGUAGCUCUCCGGAAAGUUGCGUUUAAGCGCGGACUAGUUGUGCCCGAGAGGGAUCGUGUGGAGCUACAGUUGAGUCUCCAACCACAGCCCGGUCCUGGCCUUUCGUUUCGUUUCAGGGUCACGGCCCUUGCGGACGGCGGCCAAGUGUGGUAUGAGCAUGCUAGCGGCAUGGUGGAGGCUGUGCUGAUCGAUGAAGGUGACCGUGCCAUUACUCAGGCCAAAUUAGAGGACCUUCCUAGGCUUCCACCAGACGGUUACAGAGUGCCGCAGAAGACUCUAUAUGCUGACCUGGAUGCCGUCGGAAAUACCUACGGCCCUGCAUUCGCUGGACUAGAGUAUCUCAUGAUGAAUAAAGAUGCCUCACAGGGAUUGUCAUCAUUCAAAAUCCUUGACAUUCAAGCCUCAAUGCCGGCCCAGCACCAGCGCCCACACGUCAUCCACCCCUCGACACUCGACAUUGUAUUCCACACAGCAUUGCCGCUUGUGGGCCGGCAAUUGGGCCCUGGGUCUAUCAUGCCCGUGUACAUUGACGAGCUCCUCGUUGCCGCCACGCCCUACUUAGAGAAGCCUGGGUCGCAAUUGGACGUGUCAACGCUGCUCACAUCCAGUCACUUUUGCACGGCCAUGUCGGACAUGUCUGUAUCCGCCGGCCGAAAUCGAGUACUCUCGAUAUCAGGCAUGGAGUUCAGAAGUCUAUCUUCUCGCCUUGGAGGGGUCACAGAUUCCACCGGCCAGGUCAACGGUACUGCAGACCGGAAGAUUUGUUAUGAGCUCAACUGGAAGGCCGAUAUCGACUUUGCACGGACCGAGGAUCUCCCGGGUCAUCCUGCUUUAGCGGACGUUAUCAAACUCCUGAGCUUGAAGCGGGAUCGGCUUUUAACCAUUGGACUCGGUGCUAGCGUAGACCUAUCCGAAGACUUUCUCCAGACCAUUCAGUCUCACGACCCCAAUAACUGUCAUGAUAAUAUCGUGGCACACGACUUUAUCAAUACUACGCCUGCCCAGUUUGACGAAGCCGCUGAACGCAUAAAGAGAGCCCCAAUCAGGUUCCGUACGCUUCGCCCCGGUAUGAACCCUGUUGCCCGUGGAUUUGAGCCCGGCGUGUACGAUGUUGUUCUGGCUACAUCGACCAAGUGGUUGGACCAGGCCGCGGUCCUUGUGAGCCCGGGGGGCAUUGUUCUGCUGGUACUGAAUGCCCGAGACUCCGAAGAUGACAAGUGGCGAGGCAUGCUGGGAAAGACAGGAGAUGCCCGCCUGGAGGUGCUUCUGGCUUUCCGUGAUGCUGCUGGCGGGUUAAUCGCAGCAGCGAAGCCAGUGGUCGCACAGCUUCCGUCGAGUAUAACCAUCUUAACGCACUCGACACCGGGCGCUGCUGUUACUGAAUGGGUCUCUGUAUUGAAAAAGGGUCUAAAUGCUCGCAAUGUCGACGUCUGGCUUAGUCGACUAUGUCAGGACACGGUCCGGGCACUUCCAAGCAACACAAUCAUUAUCGUCGCCGACGACCACGCCGAGAUACCUAUUCUCAGUGACGCUGCCGCUUUUGAGGCAACUAUCACUCUUCUGAGGCAGCCAAAUAGAAUUGUAUGGUUAAGCCCCGACGGGCCAGCUCCUUUUCACCAGAUUGAAGGCGUUGCCCGAACUGCACAUGCCGAAAAUGAAGAUCUUCGUCUCAUUACUAUCCAUGUUGCAUCGAAUUUGUUCAAACAUCCACUUCGGUUCGAGCGGAUGGUCAAUGUUGUUGCAGGCGCAGUGAGUCGAAUAUCCACCACGAAAAUCCCUCACGUUGAGCGUGAGUAUCGAAUAUAUUCAAAUGGCGCCGUGGUCGUCCCUCGCCUACGCCGCAGCGAGACACUCAAUGCCGCUAUUGCAGAUAGAAGCGCUGGCCCCAAAACGAAGCAACUCCAUUUCACGGAUAUCGAACACAACCUGAUGAUAUCCCCCAAGAAUCAGGAGCUGUUCGUCGCCAAUCAUGGAUUCCGUGCGACUCCCAUGGCAGAUGAUGCCAUCGAGGUUGAGACCCAUACUCUUACAAUAACCAAGUCAGAUUCACCAGCCCUACCUAGCCCGAUUGUGGGCGUAGUGACAUCAAUUGGCGCUAAUGUCAAGUCUCUUUCCCUUGGGGACCGCGUUGUUGCUUUGGCCACCAUACUUGGCGCCAAUAGACUGCGCAUUCCAGUUUCUUAUGCCCACAGGCUUCCAUCUAACAUAUCUUCUCCCAUGGCAUCCGCCAUGCUAUUAGAUACCAUGGCCGCUUCAUUUGCGCUUCGAGAUACAGCUCGUCUGCUUUCGAGCGGGGGCACUGUUCUGGUCCACGGAGCUUUCACUGCGGCAGGUCGAGCCACCAUUGCCGUAGCCAAGCUAAUUGGCGCUCGGGUCACUGCAACCGCUGCCAGCUCGGCGGAGGCGUGUCUGCUCAAAGAACAAGAGGGCAUUGACGAGGCUAAUGUGUUGGUAGCCCGUCCUUCGCUCCACCGUCGCUUGCCACGCGAUAUCUUUCCCGAGGGGCUUGACGCGGUAAUACAAACCAGUGACGAAGCAGCCCCUGCCGAGGUAUUAGCGUACAUCAAACCAUUCGGAAAAGUAUUGGUUAUCGGCAAUCCGCACACACGCAUUGUUCUGCCGCCGAAGGUGUCACCAAACAUUGCGGUACAUUCCAUCGAUAUCGCCGGUAUCCUACAAGCUCGCCCCGACCUUACCGCCAGUCUGCUCGCCUCAGCGACAGUAGCGUUAGAGCAUGUUCAAUUGUCCCGGUUCAACAUUCCAAUUCGAGAUGUCACCGAAAUCGCCGAGGCCCUCCGACUAGUCAACACCGGCGUUCACGCAAAGGUCGUGCUGCAGGCCGGUCCGAACUCAACAGUUUCAGUCAUCCCGACCGCCAAGCUCGAUCUUUGGGCUAAUGAUGAUGCCACUUAUGUGAUCGCAGGUGGCUUAGGUGACAUUGGGCAGCGUUUCUUGUUUCAGUUUGCGCAUCGCGGCGCUAGGCACGUAGCGACACUUAGCCGCCGCGCUGUUGACCCGGACACUUAUCGAUCGCUGCAAGUCAAGCUGGAAGCUAUUCGUCCCGGGAUUAGGCUGUAUACCCUUCAGGGCGAUGUCACAUCCGAAUCCAGUGUCCUAGCAGCAGCGGCUUCACUUUAUCGGCAGGGUGCGCCUCAGGUGCGGGGAGUUAUUCAAGCUGCAGUGGUUAUGAAGGAUCGCCCUCUGGAUCUCACCACAUAUGAAGACUUUGAUAUCGUCACAAAGACCAAGGUGAACGGUACGCUGACUCUUUACCGGGUCUUUGCGUCUCCCAACCUAGCAUUCUUCCUCAGUCUGUCCUCUAUUUCUAGUAUCGUCGGUGCAAGUGCAGAGACAAGCUACAACGCUGGAAAUGCGGUGCAGGAUGCCCUCGCGCAUCCAGAACCGGACUCGCCCAACCAGACUUGUUUCAUGACGGUCAGCCUCGGGUGGAGCGAAGGUGCUGCCCUCACGGUGGACGACGAGACCCGCCAGGGGGCCCUCCGUCGCGCCGGUUUUUGUCUCAUCCACCUCGACGAGCUAAUACGUUUUAUCGACCAUGUUCUGGAUUCUGCGGUCGAUCCUGGUGCACGCACAUCGUCGCAUGCAAUCAUCGGCUUUGACGCAGAAUCGCUGGCCGGCGCGACCGCCCGAAAUGGCACCAUUCAUUCUGCCCUUUUCAGCCAAGUUCGUAACGGCAAAGGCCACGAUCUAUCUGCGGAGGCGCCAGAUGGAGGCAUUUCGACUGGACCGACCUUUGAACAAGUGGUUGCCCAGGGAAGCGAGGCCGCGACGGACUUCAUUUCCCGCGCCAUGACAGAGCAACUAGCUCGAUUAAUCUCGGCUGAUACAAGCACCAUUGACGCUCGACAAGGCUCAAUUAUGGCGUUAGGCCUGGACUCACUUGUUGCGGUGGAGCUGCGAAACUGGAUCACGCGGCAUUUUCAUGCACCGCUGCAGUCCUCCGAGAUAUUGGUUGAUCAGACAGUGCAAGAAUUAGCUGAAAGAGUUGCAGGGCGGUCCAAGUUGAUCAAACGCCAAGAAGCUGCCGGUGUGUAG